AUGUGUAAGCAAUUAACUAAGGAGACGCUCAUAUUUUACGUCUUUCUAGAUCAACCGGGAACCUUUCUAGAAAAGUCCCAAAGGAAAUUCUUCUAUCGUAAACUUUGUCGUAAAAUAAAAGACGACAAAAGUAUAGCAUUUCGUAUAAUUGCCAUAAUGUUGGGAGCUUCAAGUGUUUUUGGAAUAUCGACCUCUCACCACGAACGCGUGUUUGUGUCGUUUUGUUUGCUAUGGAGCUUAAUUCUUUGUGGGGCUUUCCAGGGAUCACUGUACAACGUUUAUACGACUCCUAAGUCAUAUCCAAAUAUUGACACUCUCGAUGAUUUAUACAAGAGUAAAUUGGAUGUACACGUUCGACACCCAGGCCUCUUAACAGAUAUUUUCGGCGAUGCGCCAUUUGGAACGACCAUUGGGAAUUUACGAACAAGAAGACUUAAAACAACGAGCGAUGAUUUCCUUAACGAAAGAAUUGUGUCGAGAGGGGAUGUUGCGGGCUUAACUCGUUUUUCAAAUUAUGAUUAUGAUAAUAAGAAUCUCGAGCCAAGGGAGGAUGGUGCGAGUAAUUUACAUGUAGUUGCUGAGUGUCCCAGAAGCUACACGCUGGCUUUUCUUUUCCGAAAAAGGUCAAUUUACAUCAACACCGUAAAUUGGCAUAUUAACAUGUUUUUGCAAUCGGGAUUGACUGUUAAAUGGCAAAUGGAAAGCAAGCACUACUUUAAACUUGAAGCAGCUUUAAAGCAUCAUUAUACGAUGAUGGAAACGAAAGUUAAAAUUAAUUUACAACAUUUGGAGAUGGCAUUUGUUGGUUUAAUGUUGGGACACAUUAAUGAAAUAUAUGAGAAUAUAAAUAAACUUUUGAUCGUCAUCGUCAAUCUAGAUAGAUCAACAACUUUAGUGCAAGAACAAAAACUCCUCAACUUUCGUAAUCGUUUUAAAGUCAGCAUUUCAGUUUAUUUAAAACAUUACGAACCCUUUUCAUUCUCUACCAUAAUUGCAAAAUAUCAAGUGCUUCUGAACGACUUUUUAACAUUUAAAGGGCAAAAACAUAAACAAAAAAUAGAAGAAGUGCUCUUGACAUGA